AUGUCAUUCCAAUAAAAUUACAAACUCAUAUUAAAUGGAUGGUUCAUAGAGAAAUCUUAAAUGAAAGAAGCAUUAUAGGAUUGUUUCAUUCAAAUUUUUAUAAGUGAGAUUUUGAAUUCGACAUUUAGUGAAAUAAAUAAUCGAUUAAUAAAUUGCAAAGUUAACAUGUUUCUUUGGUGUAGAUAUCAUAUUAACUAAAUUGAAAGAGCAUAUGAGAAAUAAAAUAAUAUUUUAAAGAAUCUAGGAUUUUUAUAAACCAUUAUAAAUUUUAGCCAAAGGAGCAUCAUCUAAUGUAUUGUUCAUAAAAAUUCAGAAUUUUAUUAUGCUGCUAAAUGUAUUGAUAAAUCAUAUGGUAAUGAAACAGAAAAUUGAAUCGU